CUUGAGUUGAGCAGCAGCUGGGCUGACGCGCAAAGAAUGGCUUCUCAUUAGAGGAGCCGCCCCUGGAAAUGACAGUUGCCCAGGGCGGAGACACAGGAAGACCACAACAAAUCGGAUUAAAUAAUUCCUCUUGAAAACUCACGGGUGUUUGCAAGCGCUGUAGGUCUUUGUCAGAAACAUUUUAAUCUCAAGCGAAGCUGGAAGUUGAAGAGCGAACGGGUGUCGAGGGCCCGCCCAGUUGUGCCGCAGGAAGUACAGGAUCGGACACCCCUGCAGAUCACCGACAAUCCCGUCAGCGCUGCCUUAACUCUGCAGAUUAACAGAUGGCACAGUGUGUGACUAAAGUUGAAUUGAGCAUUUCUUGUGAGAAUCUCUUGGAUAAAGAUGUUGGUUCCAAAUCUGAUCCAUUGUGUGUGUUCUUCAUAAGUACUGGUGAAAAUCAGUGGGCUGAGAUUGAUCGCACAGAACGAAUUAAGAAUUGUCUUUCCCCAAAGUUCUCUAAGAAGUUCCUGGUUGAUUACUACUUUGAGCAGAUUCAGAAAUUGAAGUUUGGAAUUUAUGAUAUUGAUAACAAAACAAUCGACUUGAAAGAUGAUGAUUUCUUGGGACAUUUUGAAUGCACCCUCGGACAGGUUGUCUCCAGCAAGAAACUGAUGAGACCACUCCUGCUGAAAAAUGGGAAACUUGCAGGGAAAGGGAUGAUCUCGAUUUUGGCAGAAGAAAUAAAAGAUAACAGAAUGGUAAAUUUACAGGUUCAAGCACAGAAUCUAGAUAACAAGGAUCUCUUUGGGAAAUCGGACCCUUAUUUGGAGAUCUACAAACAGACCCAGGAUGGAAAGUGGCAAAUAGCACAUAGAACAGAGGUCAUCAAAAACAACUUGAAUCCUAGUUGGAAGGCAUUCCGAGUUGCUUUGCAUUCCCUCUGUGAAGGUGAUCUACAGAGGCCAGUCAAGGUAGAAUGCUAUGACUAUGAUAAUGAUGGAUCCCAUGAUUUAAUAGGAGCAUUUGAGACCACCGUUGCAAAAUUUCAAGAAGCAUCACAGAGUGGAACUGCAUUUGAAUGCAUUAAUCCAAAGAAAAAGCAGAAAAAAAAGAAGUACAAAAAUUCAGGGACUGUGAUUAUUAAAUCAUGUGAGAUUGUGAAAGAAUAUUCUUUCCUGGACUAUGUUAUGGGUGGCUGCCAGAUGAACUUUACUGUUGGCAUCGAUUUCACAGGCUCCAAUGGUGAUCCUCGCUCACCUGAUUCUCUACAUUAUAUAAGUCCUGGUGGAUAUAAUGAAUAUCUGAUGGCAAUUUGGUCUGUUGGAAUGGUCGUUCAGGACUAUGACACGGACAAGAUGUUCCCAGUGUUAGGAUUUGGUGCACAGAUACCCCCUAACUGGCAGGUAUCACAUGAAUUUCCAAUUAACUUCAACCCUGCGAACCCUUACUGUGCAGGAGUACAAGGAAUUGUGGAUGCCUACCGCAACUGCCUUCCUCAAGUCAGACUAUACGGACCAACAAACUUUUCCCCCAUUAUAAACCAUGUAGCAAAAUUUGCAGCUGCAGCAGCACAACAGCCAACUGCAUCGCAAUAUUACAUCUUGCUGAUCAUUACAGACGGAGUGAUAACAGAUUUAGAUGAAACAAGACAUGCCAUUGUGAAUGCUUCUAAGCUGCCAAUAUCUAUUAUCAUUGUUGGUGUUGGUGGGGCAGAUUUUAGUGCCAUGGAGUUUCUGGAUGGUGAUAAUGGAGUUCUGAGAUCACCCACUGGAGAAGCAGCUAUCAGAGAUAUUGUCCAAUUUGUACCAUACAGGAAAUUCCAGAAUGCUGCCAAAGAAGCUCUAGCACAAAGUGUACUGGCUGAAGUGCCUCAACAAGUGACACGCUACUUUAACAUGCGCAAGCUCCAUCCUCAAAAUGAGCAAAAGGUGCUAAAUGAACAAAAGCUGGAAAGUGAGCUGAAACCAGAAGAUUUGCUGGAUUUCUAGCUGAUGGGGAAAGUCAAAAGUUAACAAGUUGUUUUUCUUCUGUAUAACAAAGAAUUAUUUUCCAUUUUGGAUAUUUUUCCGAAGUAAGUUGCUCUAUUAAUUUGGUCUGGUGAGGCAAGUCAUGGGUGUGUAUCUUUCUGUGCACAAGAUCAAUAAAGAGGGUUGAAUUAAGCAAUGUUGUUGCUGUUUGUGUUGUAUAGGAUUGUAUCGGCUAUUUGGCCUCUAUUAGCCUGAGCAUUUCUAAGUUAAAGAACAAGCACUCAAUUGGUAUUCCUACUUGUGAUGACAACACAAUGUGAAUUUGGAAGCAGUCCAGUUUGGCUGAUUAGGUCUUAAGAACUAAUACUUCGAAAAUAUUUAAAACUGAAAAAUGGCCAGUUGUAUGAGUUACUGAUGGGCUGUUAGUUUUGAUCAGCAAUAUAAGCAAGUUACUGGUACAGUCAUGUGAGUAACAUCGCUGAUUUACUGUACUGAUUAUGUCAGCCACUUUGUUUCCAGCAGGCUUACUUUCACCUUAGUGUAACUGUAGACAACAUUGAUAUAAUCUUUUCUUAAAGAAAGGCAUUAGAAGGAAAUUCAAAAAUAACUUUCCAUGCUGGUUUCACAUAAUAUCUGGGUUGCUCUAACAAUUUGAUCUAUAGUAUAAAUUACAUGAGUUGAUUACUGCCAUUUUGUGCUUGCACAUACAGUCAGCUGCUCCAGUGAGGAGUUGAUUCUUAAAACCUUGCACUCCAAUUACUUUUCAUUACACAGUAGAUUUCUGUUGAUUUGCUCAUCUGGGCAUGCCUGUAUGAUUCUCCAGUACUAAAUAUUCUGAAUUUAAAAACAAAUUCUUGAUGUUGUUAACUUGAUGAACUAUUUUGAACCAAUAUUUAGAUUGAAUUAAGCAACAAGAAUUUGUUUUUUCAACUUUGUAGAUUUACUUUUGUUCUAUAUUGUGUUCUUGCAUUGUUUUAAUUUUUGACUAACAUUCACUACAAAUAUUGGCAUGUAACAAUGAAAUGAAAAUGAUUUGUAUUGUGUGAUUUUAGCAUUGUGCAGUAUAUGGAAUGAAAAACAUUAAAUACUUUGCCAAAAUCGUCUAGGAUUAUUUCAGGAAAAGAAUUGUUCAUGAGAAUCUGUAAACGAUGCAUUUUGUUAUAGCUCUUUCUGCAAUAAAGAAAGCAUAAAAGGCUUGCCUUUUAAA